AAUAUAGUUUGAAAUGCUUUGAUAUGAAAUCAGGAAACUGUUUAAUUGCAACAUCUAGAGUUAUAUUCUGAUUUAUUUUAUUACUUUUUCACGUGCAGUUAUGCCCCUGCAUCUCUCUACUCUUGCAGAGUGUGCACCUCUAGCAACUUAAGUGGUUUGUAAUACCAUCCUGGGGCAUUUGUUUAAUACCAAGAUGAAAGAGAAGAGUGCCAACUACUGAUUACUAGCAACACUUCCUGCAGCACCUUGGUGUUACAUAGAGAAGAUGCCUCAAAGAACUGAUUAGAUUUUUAAGGCCAGAAGGGACCAUUAGAUUGUCUAGUCUGAUCUCUUGUAUACCAUAGGCCAUAGAACUUUACCCAGUUACUCCUGUAUUGAGCCUAAUACGCUUUAGUCAGACACAAGUUAUGUUCUAGAAACGGAUCCAGGCUUGAUUUGAAGAUUUCAAGAAAUGGAGAGAGAUGCCACCCCUACCCCUUCAUACUUUGUUCUAGCGGUUGAUCACCUCACUGUUAAAAACAUGUGCCUUAUUUCUUAUUUGAACUUAUCUGGCUUUAAGUUCCAGCCAUUCAUUCUUGAUAUGCCUUUUUCCAUUAAGUUAGAGUCCUUUAGUCCCCAGUAUUUUCUUCCUGAAAUCAUAUUAGCUAGUGACAAGAUCACAGGCCAAGGUGGCCUGAUUCCAGCUGGUACUCUGUUGAAGGGUUCCAGAGGGAGACAUGCCCAAAUCUCUUUUAUUGGAAGGAUAUCAAUUAUGACAUGGAGGUUUCUGAAUGGACAGUGGAUGUGUGGUCAUUCUCAUGGACUCCACGGGGCACUUGGAGUAUCCCCUGCCUGCACUCACAGCUGUUACAGCACAGAGGGGGAGGUGCCACUGCUGACGCUUCUACUUCUCCAUAGGAAACCCACCAGGCCUCUGUGGUUAACACUUAAAGGUUGCAUAAGUCAUUUGUGUAUAUAUAGUCUGGUUAAAAAUGUUGAGCCCAUUUUUCAGGAGUGAAAAAUACCUGUGCUGCACUGUUCUGAGGCAGCAUUCCCCAAAGCCAUGCUCCCUUUCAGUUUAAAGGACUGAAACAGCUGUGCACUGUGUUUAAUUGUCAUGUUGUUAAUGAACUAUUUAAUUUUUUAAUAUAUAAUUUACUACUCCAAAUGAUCGAAUAGUGGAAACAAAGAGUUCAAUGUAUUUUAUUAACUAAUAUAUAUUAACCAUCUAUAGAGCAAGUUGAAUACCACAAAAAAGGUGUUUGUCAAAUGCCAGGGAACCUAGAAUAGUAUGCAACCAUCCCCACUUACUACACCUCUCUUGUUUUGGCUGUACCUUGGUUCCGUUUCUUUCCUUUCCUUCCUCCUACAGAUCUGUGUGUACACAAUACUUCUCUCACAUGGCUAUUCCCAUCAAUUGCAGCAGGCUGAAUUGGGCCCUGUUCUGUAACGAGAGAAAGUUUUUACUAUUUGAUGGCUGUUUGUAAUGAGUUGAUGGACUGGUGACCACAUUACACAAACCCACCGUCACAACUGGCACCUCUGUGUACGUAUAGUGAAGGAAGGAGAUGGUGGACCAUCUGGUUAACACUGAAAUUAACAGCCAACGCAUUGCUUCCGUGGAAAACUGCUUUGGGGCAUCUGGACAACCCUUAGCUGUGCCAGGAAGAGUCCUUCUGGGUGAAGGCAUUUUGACCAAAGAAUGCCGCAAGAAGCCGAAGCCUCGGGUAUUCUUUCUUUUCAAUGACAUCCUCGUGUAUGGGAGCAUAGUGAUAAACAAAAGGAAGUACAACUCCCAGCACAUCAUACCUCUCGAAGAUGUCACCUUAGAGACACUGCCGGAUACCUUACAAAUGAAGAACCGAUGGAUGAUUAAAACUUCAAAAAAGUCCUUUGUUGUUUCUGCAGCCUCCCUCACAGAAAGGAAAGAAUGGCUCAGUCACCUUGAAGAAUGCAUUAGGCAUCUGCUGACAAAGACAGGCAGGCAGCCCUCCACGGAGCAUGCUGCCCCCUGGAUACCCGACAAGGCCACUGAUAUCUGCAUGCGCUGCACACAGACCAAGUUCUCCACGCUCACUCGCAGGCAUCACUGUCGGAAGUGUGGCUUCGUUGUGUGUGGGGACUGCUCCAGACAGAGGUUUCUGAUGCCACGCCUGUCCCCCAAGCCGCUGAGGGUCUGUAGCCUAUGCUACAGGCAGUUGAUAGCAGAAAAGAAGAAGGAAGCAGAAGUUGACCUGAGACAGCCAGAGCAGAUUGACUCUUCCAUGACUGGUUAUGAACCAUCUAGUGGUGAUGACAGUGAUAAAUCUGAUGAUGACAAAGUGGAACGGUGGCCGGGAGACGCAGAGUUUUAUGCCUCAGAAGUACCUUGGUCAUCUUUCCAUAGUUGACCUUCUUACCCUUGGCUUAAAGCCUGAGGAGCCAAAUUCUGACUUCUGAUCCACGCAUAGCCCUCAGUAUUUUCAGUGGUGAGCGUACAUUAGAGGGUGAAAUUUAGCCCCUCUUUAUCUCGUUUACUUUCAUGUGUUUUCCUGAUUAAGUCAGUCUCUAGUGAUUUAAGAGAACUAGUAUUGUGUCAUAUUACUCUCGCAGGGCAUGGCCUACAUCAAGACAGUGUGGUAUAGUGGGCAGAGCACUGGACUGGGAACCAGUAAACCAAGGUUGUGUUCUCUGCCCUGCCAUUGGCUUGUUGGCUGAUCGUGGGCAAGUCACUUCCCCUCUGACUCAGUUUCCCAUUUGUAAAAUGAGGUAAUAAUGACAUUUUUUGCUAAGAGCUUUGAGAUCUACUGAUCUCUAUACAAGAACUAAGUAUUAUUGUUAUUGUCUCAAAUAUACUACUCACCUGGGGGUGGACCCUUUCGUUGAUAUUAGAGGGCCAUUGAUGGGGUAGCUUGUGCUGCUACUGCCUGUGCUGUACCUCCUCUGUUGGGAAGAGAGGACUUCGCCUCCAAGGCUGGGAUUUGUCAUGAGCACUAAAUACAUAUAAAACGAUAGAACUAGAAAUCUGAAGUACAUAGAAACCUGGGCUGGUGCCCUUUGAUCUCAGUACAGUAAGAUACUGAAAAAUAACCAGCAGAGACCUGGGUUAGACUUUUAGACUACCUUUUGCUCCCCAAGCUACCUGAAACUGGGAGCCCUGGGGAAACGGUGAUCUCAGGAACGGGAAGUCUUGUGUGGCUCUGAAGCGAAACCUGUUGACUUCUCAUGAGCAUCAUUAGAACAGCACUGGAGAAGUCCUCCCUCCCAGCCAGAGAACAGCCAUUGUGAUGACAGAAGGUAAUGGGAGAGUUAAGGUUUAUAUUAGGGGUGAGGUGAGAAAGAAGAGGCUGGCUCAACUCAGCAGAAUCACCCCACCCCUGCCCCAUACAUAUAUAUUUCCAGGUCUCAAAAUCAGUAACCCAGCCAGAUUCCACUGCCCCAGGGAUGGAAGAACCCCAGCCUGGUGGGUGAUGUAGCACAGAGUGGUAGAGCUAGUGCAAGAGGUGGUGAGGGAUGGGUGGGAUGGUCAAAACUAAGGUCAGAUUCUAUGAGGUGCUGAAAUUACUCAAUGUCCAGUGACUCACUUGCUCAUUAAGGCCCCAAGCCUUUGCUGCAAACGUAUGUUGCAUAACUUCAAGCAUGAGCAGUCCUGCUGACUUCAGAGUUAUGCACAUGUGAGUGGCUUCAGGUUCAGGGCAUAAAAUUAUAUGCUUAAUUAGAAUUGAACUUUGACAUUAAAGUUAAUCUCAAGUGA